AUGACGAGUUUCGCGAAUUCUUUUUGGUCGUUAGACCAAAGUUAUGCAGGAGGCUUGGGAGUCCUCUUUGGCAAGCUCCAACAGGGCGUGCAGGAGAAUCAGCAGGUCCUGACGAUUGCGCGCAUGCGAGCCGAAGCUGAAGAUCUAUACGGUCAGCGCCUGGGUGAUAUCGAUGCUGCUACUUUGAAGAUCGAGGGAGGAUUCCAGAAAGAUGAUGGCGCCAGUGUCAAGAAGGCAUUCGAGGGUAUGCGUUCCGAAAUGAGCGAGGCUGCCAAAAACCACCGCAAGAUAGCAUCCAACAUCCGCGAGCUCGUUGUAAGCCCUUUCGCGCGCUGGUGCGACGCCCACGCUGCCCGAGUUCAGAACUCCCAAGAUGACCUGCAAGCACGUAUCAAAGCCCAUGAUCGACAAGCCGAUCACGUCCGAACCUACCGCAGUCAAUACUACAACAAGUGCCGUCGAGUCGAGGAUUUGGACGAAGAAGAGAAGCUGGCCUUCCAGGACCCCCAAAGUGAGGCUGCUCAAAGUCCUAAGCCUGCCUCGCAAAUCCCAGUCGUCAAACUGUCUGAACCUGAAGAGGAGGAUGAACCUGAGCCUAUCGAUAUCGGUGAUCAGACAUACACCCCUGAUCAAGUUAAGAAGAUCCUCAACCAUAUGCUCGAGACCAUCAAGCUGGGCGAGGCCAAGGUUCCUAUUCUCGGCACAUACCACAACGUUUCGACUGGAGCCGACAUCACCGAUUACAUCCAGAAGCACAUGAACGGAACCAGCGUCAGUUAUGCCGAGCGCAUCGGUCAGGACAUGGUCAGCCAUGGCUUCCUCAGACUAAUCGGUAAUGUUGGAAGCACCUUCGCAAACAGCAGCCGUAUGAACUAUCAGUGGCGCCCCAAGGUCUUCCAAAUAACAGGCCUUCCUGAGAGACGAGGCAUGGGCAGAUCUGCUACUGUAUCGUCUGUCAGUUCGAUUCCGGAUUCGCCUGUUGGUGCUGUUGGCGAACUCUUUUCCGGAUGGAACCCUCUGAGCAACGCUCACCCUGGCGAAACGCCUGCAGCAAAAUUGCGCAGAGAAGCUCGCGAGGCCGACGAGCGCUACAAAGCUGCUGUGAGAAAACUUGAUGCACUUCGUUGCAACCUUGAGGAAGCCAUGGUUGAUCACCUCAAAUUUAUGGAGCGUUGCGAGCUCGACCGCCUAAAAGCCAUCAAGAGCGUGAUACUGGAUUUCUCUGGAGCCAUCAGCAAUGUCAUUCCUAGCUUGCAGAGCACAGUGGACAACAUGAUGCUUUUCCAGGAAACUGUUCAACCGCUGGGCGACUUGCGCUACCUUCUGGAGAACUACAGGACAGGUCCAUUCGUGCCCAAAGUCACCAUCUACGAGAACUACUACAACAACGUUGACGAGCAAACUUUCGGCAUUGACAUCGAAGCCCGCGCUCGUGCUGACAGAAAGCGUGUCCCUCUGAUCGUCACCACUCUGCUUACCUUCCUCGACAACCAUUACCCUGAGCUUGAAGGUGACGAGGCCCGUCGCAGCAUCUGGCUUGUGGACGUUCCUCUGGCUGCUACUCAUCAUCUGCGAAACAUUCUCAACACUGGCAAAGACACGGUCUCUCAAGACACCCUGGAUCGCUACGAAAUUCCAAUCGUCGCGUCGGUUCUGAAGCUCUAUCUGCUUGAGCUUCCCGAUUCUCUGGUUUCAGCUCAUGUCUACGAGAUCAUCAAAACGAUCUACACAAGCACCGCGCCUAACACUUCUGAAAGUGCACGCAUCUCUGUAAUUCAGAGCACGCUCGGCCAACUCAGACUUGCAAACAUUGCCACUUUGGAUGCUAUCACGACGCACUUCACGCGUCUGAUCGAGCUGACAUCGGCUGAAGAAGGAUAUAUCUCGGCUCUUGCUACUACACUUGCGCCCUGUAUUCUUCGCCCCAAGCAAGGAAACACCCUCUCAUUGAAUGAGAAGUUCAACUACAGACUUGUCCGUGAUUUGUUUGCUCACAAAGACACUAUCUUUGGAGAGCUCAAGCGUCAGUCCUCAUUGACACACACAAACUCUGGCGCCUCUAGACCUCGUGCUAUUAGUACCGACGAGAGCAGACGUCGUGAGCACAUGGAAGAGCGUCAGCGGGCCAUUAUUGCUGCAGCUGAGACUCGUGGCCGUGCGUCCAGUCCCUUCAAGUCCACAUUUGCCGGUCCUCUUGGAUCUAUGCACAAGCGAGAUCGCAGCUCAGGCGCCGAGACACGAUUCCCUGUUACUCCCUCCGCCGCAAGUACUCCCUCCGCUGACGCUCGCCAUGUGAACCGUGGCAGUCUAGAGGUUCCUGGUUCUCCAAGUCGCGCACCCGUCCUGCUGCAGUCACCACCCAAGGGUAAUGGAAAAUCUGAUUCUCUCCCAUCUUCCUCCGAUUCAGCAGUUUCAGGAGAUACCGCCGCUCCUGUCACCCGUCAACGCAGUGACACUACCAAUUCGGUAAUCAUGACUCCUGGUGCUCAGACAGAAGCUCCUGAUUAUCUCGCCCACGCUCAAAGCCAGCAGCACGAUGAAGAGGCUGGUAGUGAUGCGGACUCUAUAGCACCUGAACCGAGCUCAGGUAUCAGCAACAACCGUCAAUCUGUCGAGGUCGAAAAGCGCAACUCUCUCAAUCGAUCAAUGGGACGUGUUGCUCGUAAGGGUACUGCAAGCAGUUUAUCUCGUCAAAGUCUGAUUGGCAAGCGGGAGAGUGUCGGUAGCGUAGGCACUUCAUCGUCUGGCGCCGCAACCGCAGCUGCAGCUGCGCCCGCUGCCGAUUUCGUUGACAGCCCUGUUGACGUUGCAGAGCGCCCAGAAGAGGCAUUGAGCCACCGCGGUGUCGAGCUCGUUGACAAACCUAUGGAUGAUGACUAG